AUGGGCACAGGGCUGGCUGGCGACAGCGACGUGGGGGGGUCGCCCACGGCGGCAGUGACCAGGGCUCUGGAGAGCAUGGGGUGCACCGUGUUCUACCAAAAGCCCCUCACCUCCAGCGACGCCAACGGUUCCGGCAGGGUGGUUGUGCCCAAGGCUGUGGCAGAGCAGUAUUUCCCACAUCUUGACAAUCAAGCAGGGGUGCCCAUCGAAGCAGCGGACACACUGGGGAACAAGUACACCUUUCGAUUCAGGUUCUGGAUAAACAAUCAGAGCCGCAUGUAUCUCUUGGAGGGCGUUAGUGAAAUGCAUCAGCGAUACGACUUGAAAGUUGGAGAUGUGAUGAUAUUCGCCCACCUACCAGACAGCAGCUUAAUAGUGGCAGGUAGACCUAUGACUGAGGAAGACAGCAUGAGGAAGCCGCCAUUAAGGCGGGUCAACAAUCCCCAAAGCGGCGUGAAGAGGGACUUGCAAAAACGUGCAUCCAAGCCCACCCCAAAGUCAUCACAAUCCAAACGACUGCAAAAACGGAGGUUGCAAGGAGAUGGGGUCUUUCGAGCCAUCCCUGACGUGGUUCCACAGCCAGAGAGCAAGGUGUUUUCUCAGCACGGGGUGUGGACAGCAACCAUAGAGAUAGUGGGGGAGAUGUACCAAGCCUAUUUCGACUCCCAGGAGGACGCCAUAGAGGCCUUUAACGCGGCUGGGUAUGCGUAG